AUGAAAUCAAUCAUCAUUUUGGUUUUGGUUGCCACAGCCUUUGCUACAAACUUAGCAGCAUUCGAGAAACUCGAAAAGAGCAAACUCGGAAAGACAUUGUUGAACACAAUUGCCAUCCAAAUGCAAACAGGUGAACCACUUGAAAGAAUCUUCUAAACCCUUUAUGACUUGGAAGACAGAUAUUAAAACGAUUAAAGAGAAGAUGAUGCUGAAAACAAGGCAUUCUAAGGUGUUUGUGAUGCUGACCUCGCUGGACUCAACUAAGAACUCGCCAACCUUGAAUAAAGAGACACAGAAUUAUAAGCCACACUUGACUAACUCCAACCAGUCCAUGACUAAAAGGUCGGAUAAAGAGUUGCCAAAUUAGCUGAAAAGGCCCUCCUCUAAAAGGUUAUCGAUGAAACCACAGCCAAGAGAUAAGAAGAAAACGAUGACUUCGAAGCUUAAAGAGAAGAAUUCACCUUCGUUUCAGGCGUCCUCGCUGAAGCAAGAAGACUCUUCACAGACAACUUAUAAGCCCCAGCUUUCUUAUAAAAGGGAGCUAGCGAAGCCGUCCACUAUACACCAUAAGUCUUUGCUUAAGUUGCUUCACACUUGAACGCCGCUGCUCACAAGGCCGGAUAAAUGAAACACGUCAGAACCUUCGGAAAAGCCAUCAAACUUAUGGCUUAAUUGGCUGUCAAAUCCUAAUAAUAUGCCAACUAAGAAUUAACCGGAAGAAUCAUCCAAUUGAUCGACGACUUAUAAAACUAAUUAUAAUAAGCUUUCGAUUUGGCCAGAAAGACUGAAGAUUCAAGAAGAUAAGCCUUUGAAGCUUACAACACCCUCUUAAACAGAGACAUGAACAAGCUCAACUCAGCUAUUGCCAACUUAGAAGCUGAAAUCUAAUCAUUGGCUGACUAACUCGCUGCCACCCACAGCUCAUAAGAUGACAACACCGCCAGACAUGAAGCCAAGACCUAAUAAAGAGAUGACAGAAGAGCUGAAUGCUAAUAAGCUGCUUAUGAAUACUAAUAAAGAAGAUCCGCCAGAGAUGGAGACAGAUAAACUGUUUCUGACUUGAUUGGUCAUUUGAACACCAACAUGAGAGACUUGAAAGAAUACAUCGCCAUGAGAGUUGCUGCUGGUGAUUCAGAUUUAAGUUAAUGAGAAUAUAUAACAGUAUAUCAAUUUUACAUAACAGCUUCCCAU